UAUCAAGAUUUUCAGAUGCCACGCUGCUUGAUAAGGGUCUCUCUCAACUGGAAUAGAGGGGCGGAACUUAAAGGCUGCAGACGUACUCUCUUGCGGCGCUUUGAUAAACUAUAUAAAGAGGGAAUAUCUUCCUUUACUGACAGUCAUCAGCUUGAUCUUCUCUGUGUCAACCACUCAUCACCUCAGCAAAGUAUGUUGACUUUGUUUAACGUCUCUCCACAGAUGGCAUCAGGCUUUCCGUUUGCUUUGUUGCUCUGUUUGUCCAUCGGACUGUUGGCUCCAUCUUGUUGUGGACAAACCUGCUGCCCAGAGCUUCUUGAAGGUUCCUGCCCUCCUGGAUGGACUCAGUUCGGCUCUCGCUGUUUCAGCUUCAACUUCCAGGGAAAGAGUUGGACCGAUGCAGAGACCUUCUGCAAGGCCGCUGGUGGGAAUCUGGCUUCAGUCCACUCAGAAGAGGAACAUGUAUUCCUCAGAACCUUCAUUAACCAAGUGAGCGGUGAACACAAAGUUACCUGGAUGGGAGGCUUUGACUCAGUGCAGGAGGGCGUGUGGAUGUGGUCUGAUGGAUCCAUAUUCGACUACAAACACUGGCAUGUGGGGCAGCCUGACAACGCCGGUGGAAAUGAGAACUGUCUUGAGAUGAACCGUCAGGACAACUGGAACGACAGGCCGUGUACCGACAUACGUCCUUUCCUGUGCUCCAAGAAGCUGUGAGGCCUCCCUCCAUCAUGAUCUCACUACAGCUCAUCUAUAAUCUCUAUCAUUGAUUCUCUUUCAGUUUGUUCUGCAGACAGAAACAGCUCUCUGCUGACAGACUCACUCUCACUUGUUUAUUAUCUAAAGAGUUAGGAAACGGUUCACGUUUGAGUUUUAACAUUAGAAGGAAACUGACUCUCUGAGCUGGACAAAAACAUAAUCAGUUAUUGGACUUUUAAUCUAUAAAUAACACAAAAUGAAAUACAGAAAACAUUCAAAUACUCUGACAUCUUUUUCAUUUUAGUUUACUGAAUAUUGUCUGUUAUAACAGCAUCCACUGAUCCAAUAAAAUAAAAUUCAACACACUUAUUUGAUUUCUCUCUGAGAGUUAAUGUUCAGAUCGAGACAACUCUCGUAUAUACACUAAAUAUGAAGCUCUCUCAAGCAGACGUUAGCUUAGCUUAGCUUAGCAUAAAGACUGGAAACAGGGGGAAACAGCUAGCCUUGCUCUGUCUAAAGGUAACAACAUCCACCUACCAGACAUGAGUGGUGUAGAUCUUCUCUUCAAAAAUGUCCAAAUA